AUGUUAACACCGGUGCUUUGAAUGAAACUGCCUAUGAAGAGUAUGGUCCUGUGUAUCUAAGUGUUACAUUUGCAGUUGGGUAUUUUUAUUCUUUUAUAGCCUUUACUGCCGCGAUUACGCAUGUUAUUCUCUUUUACGGUGAUGAAAUCUGGGAUAGAUUCAAAGCAAGCCGAUCAGAAGAAGUUGAGGAUAUUCAUUGUAAAAUGAUGAGAAAUUAUGAAG